GCCAAAUUUUUUUGACGAAACAGUAAACAAUCAUCACACAUUUUCCCUCGCCUCCACCAAACAGUACUUGACCCAUUGAUGAUACUUGACUACUAAGUGCAUCUCUUAGACCACAUAUCACUCUUCUCCAAACCACUGAUUCCAACACUACAGCCAUUAUCUGUCCUUUCACGACCAGCCUGCACCUGCACGCGACACUACCUUUUAAACCCUCGACAAACACCCCUCCCUUCGUAACUUGGACUUUGCAGUGCGCAGAAAUCCAGUACCCAUUCACCUGUCUACAGGUUCACAACUUACCCUCUCAUAUUACUCACCGAAAUAUUUAAAAUGGCCGCCGCUGCUGUUCAGAACCCCCCAGUCCAGGCCGAGUCCAAAUCGGCCAAGAAGAAGAAGGCCAAGAUGGAGCGCACCGAGUCCCCUGCUCCUGCUUCUGUUGGUACGCCCGCGGAAAAGCCCAGCUCGGUAGUCGGUGAUGGCGAGGAGGGCGAGAACCCCUACAUCCGGGACAUGCAAAAGAACAUCCGAAACGUCAACAAGAAGAUUAGCAACAUUACCAAGACCGAGACCGUCGUUUCCGAGCAUAAGGGCAAGACGUUGGAUGAGCUUGUGAAGCUGAAGAUCAUCAACGCCGACCAAAAGGCCUCUAUCCAAAAGAAGGAGGGUUUGCAGACGCAGCUAGCCCAGCUUGAGGAGCAACUGAGCCAAUACAAGAAGAUAGACCAGGAGUACCGGACACGGGCCAAUCAGAUCAAGACCGAGCUGGAGAAGACUUUGACCGACCGCUAUGAGAAGGAGAAGGCGGAUGCAGUGGCUGAGGUCAAGGCAGAGCUCUCCGGUGCGGCCGACAAGACCCUGCAUGAUAGCUUGCUAGUCAUUUCGCAAUUCCUCCGUCUUGCAGCUGCGCGUCGUGGAGAGGAGCAUGACCCUGAGCUUGACGAGAACCGCGCCCUGGAGGGUGUUCUGUUGCAGGUAUACUCUGGCGACGAGGAAGGUGUAGCAACCAUGUUGAAGCUGGUUCAGGGCUCGUCUGAGAAGGCCAAGAGCGUGGCAAGCGAGCCUCUUGAGGCAACCUUUGCCCAAAUCAAGCAGGCUGCUGUUGCCCAUGCAGUACCGCUUUACACCGAAGGCGCUGCUGCUGAGACGGAGAUUACUGAGCCUGCCACAGACCCCACCAUCGCAAACGCUGGCCUGACCGAGAUUGACGCUGGUGUGGAUGUCGCUGUCACCAACGGCCAUUCUGCCGAGGCUCCCGCUGCGAGUUCCAACACGGGCGUUCCCGCGAACGCUGAUGUGGGUGAGGGUGCUGCCAACGCUGCUGCCGAUUCGCAGUGGGAUGCUGGAAAUGCCAGCAUGUCUGCCUCCCAGGAGUGGGUGGAGGUUCCUCGAGAGCCUACCGAGACCGACAACGGUCUCACUGCUACACCUGCUGCUCCCGCCAACACUCAGUCUUGGGCUGAUGAUGCUGCUGACCAUGCUGCAGAGACUCCUGCGGUCCCCGCCGACCCCAACGAUGGUUUCCAGUCUGUUCAGGGACGUAACCGUGGCCGUGGAGACCGAGAGGGAGGCAACUUGCGCGGACGGGGCAACUACCGUGGCAACCGCGGCUUCCGUGGCGACGGUCGUGGCCGUGGCCGCGGUCGCGGCAGGGGAGGCAACGGCGGUCAGCACCACCAGCAACGCAACACCGACGAAUCUUAGGAUGAUGUGUCGAUUGUUCCCACUUCUCCUGAACCUACUCUCUGGUAGGGUUGGGGUGCCUCCUAACACAUGCCUCUUCCUUUUCCUCUCCGAAGCGUGCCUUCUUAUCUUUCUUCCUGUUUACCUUCACACCCGACCUUUCUGCAUCCCUUUUUGUGUCCCUUCUUCCAGUACCUCUCCUCGUGUUCCUGUCUCGUGCCUGCAUUUGAUGGAGUAUGGUUGCGGCAGAGCAUUGGAAAUGAAGUGGACACAUUCCGCAGACCUUCUCUCAUAUUUGUCACCCGUCAGCAACGCAUAUCACACCGGCGCAUGAUGUCUUUGAAAAAGCUUUUUUAUUCUUCUCUUCUGCCCUGACGGCUACAGUCGUGGCUUUUUUUUUUCUUUUCAAGCUGUGGCAACAACCCUCAAUAACCUUUACCGAUAAUUUUAUCGCCAGGAAACAGAUGGCCCUUGGGUAGCUCUCUAGGUGUCUAUCCAAACGGGUUCAUUUGUACUCCAUAUCAGAGGCGGGCAUUGCUGACAAGGUGUGCUAUCUACCAGCACCUGUCUACUCAGCUAACUUUUUUGUGUCGAAGCUUUUUUUUGUAACAAUGUAAAACAGAUAAAUGGAUGAUCUUGGGCUGGGAUUCUGUGGCUGGUUGGGAAAUGGUCAGGAGGAAAAGUUCUUGAGUUAAUAAUAAGAGAACAAUAAUGAGGCG